GUGAGAGCCAGCUCUGUCUCCCCGCCUGGAGCUGCGGUCCCCUCUGGAGCCUCAGCAGGUCCCUCUUUCAGAACUCACCACCAGGAACCCUGAACAGGAGCCACCAUGCAGUGCUUCAGCUUCAUUAAGACCAUGAUGAUCCUCUUCAAUAUGCUCAUCUUUCUGUGUGGUGUGGCCCUGUUGGCAGUGGGCAUCUGGGUGUCAGUCGAUGGACCAUCCUUCCUGAAGAUCUUCGGGCCAAUAUCAUCCACUGCCAUGCAGUUUGUCAACGUGGGCUACUUCCUCAUCGCAGCUGGUGCUGUGCUCUUCGCUCUUGGUUUCCUGGGCUGCUACGGUGCCCAGACUGAGAACAAGUGUGCCCUCAUGAUGUUCUUCUUCAUCCUCCUCCUCAUCUUCAUUGCUGAGGUUGCAGCUGCUGUGGUUGCCUUGGUGUACACCACAAUGGCUGAGCAGUUACUGACGUCGGUGGUAGUGCCCACCAUCAAGAAAGAGUACGGUUCCCAAAAAGACUUCACCCAAGUGUGGAACUCUACUAUGGAUGGGCUCAAGUGCUGUGGCUUCAACAACUACACAGACUUUGAGGACUCUCCCUACGUAAAAACAACCCAAGUCUUUCCCCCAUACUGUUGCUUUGACCGUGUCAAUCGCACAUUCGUGGAACCCUGCACUCAUGUUGAGGCCCAGAAGCACGAUGUAGAGGGUUGCUUCAGUCAGCUUCUGCAUGACAUCCGAACCAAUGCAGUCACUGUGGGUGGUGUGGCAGCUGGAAUUGGGGGCUUGGAGUUGGCUGCCAUGAUUGUGUCCAUGUAUCUGUACUGCAAUCUGAAAUAAGUCAGCUGCUGCCUCCGCCGCUGCUGCUGCCACAUAGAAACUGGGAAGCGGCACCCUGGCACUGCCAAGAAGCAGUGAUCAGGGUGGGGACAAGAUCUCACAGUGUCACUUGGGCCAGAGUGGGCCUGGCCUUGUUCCUCUGGACUCGGGGCCAAACAGGCAUCACUGCCUUCCAUCUGUGCCUGACUUUUCCUUCCCUUGGUGGGGUUGCCGUUCACCUAUUCCAGAGCCUCUAAGGUAGCCGACCCUCCAGUCUCUCUUAAAUCCUAGGUUACCUCUCAGGCCAAGCAGGGAGGGGUGCUCUUGGUGAUCCCAGUACUCCAAGGGCAGGGGGUGGGGUGGGGAUUAGAGAAAGGCACCCAUAGCACGAGCAUAUGCAAAAUCAGCAGUCACCCGGCGGAUGUGUAGAAGGCACUUCAGAACUCAUA